UAUUAAAACGUCGUCCUCAGGAAAUAAAGAAAAAAAACAUUGCGAAAAAAUUAUCUAAAUUAGAAGCCGAGAAGGCAUCGAUGCCUGAUCCGAUUGUCGGAGUUCCCACAGAAUUCACAAAAUCUUUACUUCGACCUUUAGACGUCUAUAAAGCGGCUGUUGAUCCAAAUGCACCUAAGUAUAUGAAUUAUUUUCUUGAUAAAAAUGAAGAAGAUUUGUUAUUUGAAAAAACACCAAAGAAAAUUGCCGAAGAAGCUGAAAAAUCACAUAAAAUUGAAAGUGAAAAAAACUCGAUAGGAUUGGUUGAAGAAAAGAAGGUGGAAAUAUUGAAAUCAUUGGUUAGUUUACAUAAUUCGAAUGCGAAAGGCAUUAUGAUGUAUAAUGUUAAAAAAACAGUUGAAGAAUUUGGUAGGAACGAGAAUGAUACUGGAAGUGCAGAAGUCCAAGCUGCGAUAUUGACAGUACGUAUCCUAAACCUUCGUGAACAUCUUAAAAAUAACCACAAAGAUAAACACAAUUAUCGGAAUUUACGACAGUUGGUACAUAAACGUCAAAAACUUUUAAAGUAUUUAAAAAGAGAGAGUUUAGAUAGAUAUUUUACAACUAUCAAAAAACUUGGAUUGGAUGAAAGAGUAAUUGAGGGUGAAAUC